AUGUAUUCAACAAUAACGAAUGGACUUUCAAGAAGCGCUAAAAGACGAAAAUUACGAUUAAUGUGUAUUGAUUUAACCGGUGAUAUUGAAAAAAAUAAUGAAGAAAAUAGUCCAAAUAAAUAUGAAUUUGCUGAUAUAAAAGAUUCAUGUAAAAUUGAUUAUAAUGGAGAAUUAAUUGAAUUUAAUGUAAAACAAUUAAUUAAUAUUAAAAAAUUAGGUGAAGGAAGUUUUGCUGUAGUUAAUUUAACUAAACUUGAACAACGAUCAGAUGUUAUAUUUGCAUGUAAAAGAAUGACACUUGAAGAUCAUGGAAAUAAUAAUUAUACAUCUCAAAGUGAUUUAAAAGCAAUGAGAGCUGUUGGAAAUGAUCGUCAUCCUCAUAUUGUUCAUUUUUAUGCUGCUUUAAUUGAUUUAACUGAUGGACAAAUAAUUAUUUGUAUGGAACCUCUUGAAACAAGUAUGGAUAAAUUUUAUCCAAUUAUUCAUUCACAUUUUAAACCAAACAAUAUUUUAUUAGAUUUAUUUAUAACAAGAUUAGCUAAACAUAUUGUCUUAGCACUUGAUUAUCUUAAAUCGAAAAAUUUAAUUCAUCGUGAUGUUAAACCACAAAAUAUGUUAAUUUCACGUCCAAUUAUAUUUAAAUUAUGUGAUUUUGGAAUUUGUGGAAUUUUAAAAGAUUCGGUUUCAUCAACUCAUCUUGGAUCAUUAAGAUAUUUACCUCCUGAACGUCUUGGAAAUGUUUGUUCUUAUGGAACACGAUCUGAUAUGUGGGCAUUAGGAAUGAGUCUUCUUGAAAUAAGUCAAGGUCAUCUUCCAUUAGCUUCGGAACCAAUUAUGUCAUUUAUGGCUCAGAUGAAAAAUGGAUGGCAACCAGAUUUACCUUUAACACUCAAUGAAAAUACUCGAGAUUUACUUUCACUAUUACUUCGUCAUGAUGUAAAUGAACGUCCACGUUAUUAUUCUGAUAUAUUAUCAAUGUCAUCAAUGAUAUCUGUUGAAGAAAAUCCAUCAAAUGAUGAAAUUAAUCUCGUUAAUUAUGUUCUUGAUGCAUUACCACCAAAAACACCUGAAUAA